UUUUCCAUAUCUGUGGCCGCACAUGGACCAGGAGUACAAUAAAACUCCUGGGCAUACCGCCCCCCUAACCGUACACGAAAGCAGCGCGGUCACGCACAAAAAAACGAGCGCUUCCCUCCUUGUCACAUCCUAGCAGGUUUGUUGACGGGCACAAGAAAACAAAGAUGGCGGCGCCCAGAGCAACAGCAGCAGAGCAAACGAUGAAGAAACCGACUGACAGUUCGUUAAACCCCGUCUACUCAACCAGCCAAGGUAGCGAAUGCUUUUCAGCAGAUUCGGGGACACGAGAGGACUAUCUGGUGGAUUUCCUGGAGAAGGAGGUCGGCUGCGACCUGAAGUCCCUGAAGAAUGUCGGCAACCUGCUGGAAAAACUGCGAGAGGAAAACAGCGUUCUGGAGGAACAGGUUCUGACCGUAUCCAGUUCUGUGCCUCCUAAAGUUUCCGCAGCUCUAUUGGCUGCCGAGGACGCUGUGUCUUCCCUGGAGGACCUGCUGCAGAGAGAGCGACUCAUCUCCAACAAGCUGCACCAGCACCUUCAGGGGGCCCAGCCGUGGAUGGACAACCUCGGCCAGACGCUUAACCAAGUGGACACUAUAGAGAGACACGUGAAAUACCUGCGGUGCCUUCAACAUAUAGAGGAGCUCAGUGCUGCAGUCCAGCAGUGUCUGAUGACCAGCAGUGUGUGGGAGGCCAUACGGGCAGUGGACAACAUGGCCGCGCUGGACGCCGGACUGAGCCGUUCCGGAUGUUCUCACCUCCAGGACUUCCUCCGAGAGACGCUUCACUUCUGGCACAAGAUCAUCAAAGACCGACUUGCCGGCGAUUUUGAGAAAGUGUUGACUCAACUCCACUGGCCGAUCAUCUCCCCUCCUACUCAGUCGCUGACGCCCACAGCCAACGGUCAGGAGAUCAACAGCCAGCUGGAGCUGCUUGUCACACAGCUGCUCGCCCUGCAGACCUCCGAUGACCUCGUAUCCCAGAGGGCUUUGGCCUCGUGUCAAAGCGCCCCCCCUACACAGCCUGCUUCCUUAGCCAAAGCCCCGUCCCCAGCCACCCCCCUCUGUCUGCCCAUCCAGAUCAUGCUGCUGCCGCUCAGCAGGAGGUUCAGAUACCACUUCUACGGGAAUCGACAGACCAACACCCUCAGCAAGCCAGAGUGGUACCUCACACAGGUUCUCAUGUGGAUGGGGAACAGCUCCGCUUUCAUGGAGGAAAAGAUCCAGCCUAUCCUAGACCGAGCUGGGGCCUCCAUCAGCGCCAUGGUGGAGCUGUGUCGAGGCCUGCUGUCUCUGGUCCAGGAGAAGGUGGCCAGUGACGCCUCCAGGCUGCUGUACGACGAUGUGCUCUUUUGUCACCUGGUGGAGGAGGUGCUGCAGUUCGAGAAGGAGCUGCGGAGCAACCAGUCGUACCCAGCACCGCUGCCCGGUCUGCUCCACCUCCUGCUGGAAGACACAAUCCUUCAGAAGUGGCUCACUGUGGAAAAGAAGA